UAUCGGGACUACAGUUAGGUGCGAAGAAACUAUUGUUUGAUACGUCACAUUCUGUACAUGCAUGCAUGCAGGCUCUCAGGCUCGGAAUGCAAAAAAUGUGGCGAAAUUUUUCGGACGCUCUUUUCCUCCCUACCCGAACCUACCGCAAACCGGGAUAUCGGGUGUAGUCGGUGUUGGGGCCAAGGAAACCCCCGGGGCCUGAGAGUCGCACCAAAAUCUUAAAUGCACGUUCCGCUCGCAUUCAACGCAUGUUGUUGUUUGUUUUUUCCCUGAUUUUCUGAGCUUGGGCCAGAGUGUGUGUGUGUGCGUCUUAUAUUGUUGUACCACAACACGAUGCGUGCUUGGCCGACCCUCUGGAAAACAAAAAAAGAAAAGGAAGACGAGGAAAGUGCCAUAUAGGUUUUCAUCGCUGGAAAAGCUUCCAGCGAAACCACUCACCAUUGGCUCCCCGCACAGACCGCAGAUAGCUCGUGGUUUAUAAAAGCCCUUGCAAUCCGGUGUGGCCAUUUUAGUUUGAAGCCGUAUGGUUUGCACUACACGGAGCAUCGGCCCGGCAAAGGUACGCAGCAGCAGCAGCAGCAAUUUUGGGGGCAGUUCAGUAGAUCUUUAGUGCAAGUGUAGUUCCCGCCAAGACGAACCGACGAUGGGUACUGGCCCUAUCCUGCUCGUGGUGCUCAGUGCGGCCUGGUUGGGUUUGAGCGGCAGUCCGGUCCAGAGCGCCCAUACAACGACGCCCGCCCUGUUUCUUACGGUGAAAAGUUGCAACUUUUGCAUGACAAAAGUCGAUCAAGUGCAGUGCGGUUAUCUGGUGGUGACAGACAUCCUGAUCAGUCCCGAUGGGAUGCCUCUCUCAUUUUUCCACGACAACAGUGAGUUUUGCAGUGUGCAGUGUUGCGCGCAAACCACGCGGCAGUAUAAUGUUCCCUAUUUCCCGCUUUCCCGAAGGUGUCUCCAAGAGGAAGUCCGGAUUGAAGAUCAUAGCAUCGUUCGGUGGAUCCGUCGUACCGUCGGAGCUGUUCGCUUUCCUUACGUGUGACGAUCGGCGGCGCGCCGCGUUUGUGAACAAUUUGAUCGAGUUUACGCUGGCGCACGGAUUCCAUGGCGUUGAUUUGGCCUGGCUUUAUCCAGCACCGCAGGAAAGGGAUCAGUACGUACGACUGUUGAAGGAUCUUCGGCAUGCCUGCGAUCGCAAUGGGUUGGUGCUGACGGUAACCGUUCCCAGUCGACCGUCGGUCAUCGAGGUGAACUACCCGGUGGAGAAGCUGGAAAAGUAUGCCGACUUUGUCAUUUUGAGUACGACCGAGUUCCGGAAGUUACGGAAAACCUCCUUCAUUGCACCGUUGUACUCUUCCAGUCCAGGAUCGUCCAACAGCAUCGACUAUCAUGUCGAUCGUUGGAAGAUGGCCGGAUUGAGCUGUGGCAAAAUCGUGAUAGUCAUCCAAACCAUGACCCUAACGUACAAGCUUUACAUCCAGAACGAGUAUCGCGUGGGCACUCCGGCCCUGCAGCUGAAGAUCCGCCCGUACUACAAGAUCUGUCGCAAGCUGUACAGCGGUUCGCUAGAGAUUUGGGACAGCAAUGUGAAGAGUCCGUACGCGUUCCGCGAUCUUUCAUGGUAUUCGUACGAAAACGAAAAAUCCGUCAAGGAAAAGGUAGGCUUCGUUGUGCAGCAGGGUCUCGGAGGGUUGGCCGUGUUCUACUACGAUGAAGACGAUCCGAUAAACAUUUGUGGCGAUGGGCAGUAUCCGCUGACGGCGAUCGUUGUCGCUGCGUUACAAUCACAGUAUCUGCCACCGUCGGUCAUCACCGACUCACAGAUCUAUCACUACGAUUCUCCUUCCGCCAUGACACCACUGUCCCAGCUAGACUACCGGCACUACAGCGAAGUUGACAGCAAGCAGCCCGUGGUGGUUUACGUAGAGGAAAAGCAACCCACCCACAGCCAAGCAUAUUUGCCGGUGGUCGUACCAACAACACCUCAAACGGGGACCAAUUUCGCUUCAAACUCGAUGCAAUUUAUGUUCGGGUCGCAAGGUUUCAACGCGAGUGACGCAUCGUCAAUGAUGCAAAUGAACGAACCGAUGCCGUCGGCCGUGCACAGCUCGCUGGAAAACUUUUUCUGGAAUGCUGAAUCGGGCUCGGAUGAGGACUUCUUAUCGUACGACAUGAUAGACGUUGGGCCGGGUGUCGACAUGGAGCCGCCCAAAAUCGAACGUCCGACGAUCUUUACCGAUCCGGAACCGCUACCCUCAACCGUGCAGCUGUUUUCGGAAACCGUACCGGCCCACCAGACAUGCCAGCUGUUCUCGGAAAAGUCGCAUCACCAUCCGGUUGUGCAUGCAUCGAGUGGCAGCUGCAAGGCAUGCAGUACACCGAGGCCAUGCGCCCACUGCGCUUCGCUGUCGUCUUCUGGUUCGGUUGCAGAACACCACGCAGGAUGCUCUUGCCAUUAUCCGGGCAUUAAAAUUUUUGCCACCGGACAUGCACCGACACCGGCGACGACAACGACGACGACAACCACUAUGGCACCGCCUAUGAUGCACUUCUUUACCUUUGGCCCGGCAACGCUGAAGCCUCCGACGUGUUGCCAGGGCUGCCAGCAGUGUGUUAAGGUGGUAGCAACUAGCAGUGCCGAUGUGCCAAAGAUGCCGGAAAAUGGUAUGAUGCACUUUCCCUGUUCCCCAACUCUCGGACCCGAUCGACAGGGUCACCUGUACUCGGAGCAUUCAUGCGCAUCGUCGGGUGCUGGGGUAAAAAUUCAGGCACAAUCCGUCGGUGCUCAACCGAUCGUUCCCUUUGCACCGUUUGAAGCCAAAAUAUGCCCACACGAUGGAAUCCUGCGCGAUCCUCAUGAUCGACGAUCGUACUAUCUCUGCAAACGUGGCUUGCCGAUGUGCGACGAGAAUAAGUUUAGCUGUGCUCAUGGUUACAUCUUUCACGAGACGAGUAAAAAAUGUGUCCCCGAGGGAUCUUCCAAAUAGCCAGCAGAGCUCGUCUGCAACAAAGCCGUUGGUCGUGCGAUAAACCAUUCAUGUCACGAGAAAUGCUUGCAUGCCACCCAAACAAUCCAGUGAUUGUGUCGGUCUGUUUAGGUGAGCGUUGGCAAGAAGAGGCGAGGCGUAAGAAUAAUUGUAGCUAAUAAAUAGUUUCUUAAACGUUAA